AUGACGUCGUUCGCGGCGGGAGAACUGAGCGGACUGCUGAAGGACCCGGACACGAAUUGGCAACCGCAAGAUUGGCUGCCGAAUCCGGAGUCGCCGGAUUUCUUGGAUCAGGUGGCGGAGAUUCGUAAACGCGCGGCGAACAUCCCCGACGAUCUCUUCGUCGUGCUCGUCGGCGAUAUGAUCACCGAAGAGGCGUUGCCGACGUACAUGAACAUGUUGAACACGCUCGAAGGAACGAAGGAUAACUCUGGCGCGGAUGCUCACCCGUGGGCGGUGUGGACGCGCAAGUGGACGGCGGAGGAAAACCGUCACGGCGACCUCAUGAACAAGUACUUGUGGAUGACGGGUAAGGUGAACAUGAAGCCGGUCGAGACCACGAUCCAGAAGCUCAUCGGCAGCGGCAUGAACCCUAAGACGGACAACAACCCGUACCUCGGUUUCGUGUACACGUCUUUCCAAGAGCGCGCGACGAAAAUUUCCCACGGGAACACGGCGCGCUUGGCCAAGGAGGCGGGCGAUCCGGAGUUCGCGAAGAUGUGCGGCAUCAUCGCCGCCGACGAAGGCCGCCACGAGAUCGCGUACCAGCGCAUCAUCGAUGAAGUAUUGGCGCGCGAUCCCGACGGUGCCGUCCUCGCGUACGCGGACAUGAUGGAGAAGCAAAUCACCAUGCCCGCGCACAUGAUGUGCGACGGCCAGCACAAGGCGCGAACCGGCCGCGACCUCUUCGUCGAUUUCGCCGCCGUCGCGGAGCGCACGGGCGUGUACACCGGCCACGAUUACGCCGAUAUCAUGGAUCACCUCAACAAGCGUUGGGACAUCGCCAACAUCACGGGUUUGGGCGGCGAGGCGGCCGCCGCGCAAGAGUACUUGAUGAAGCAACCCGCUCGCAUCCGCAAGCUCGUCGCUUUCGCCGAGAAGAGGGCGGCGAAGAAGCCUCCGGCCAAGGAAACCUUCUCCUGGAUUUACGAUCGUCCCGUCGACAUCAACUAA